AAUCCCAAAUCGCCCUUACUUAAUUUAUGUCCAAAACAUAUAUUCUUCUUUAAUUUUCUUAUUUAUAUUCAUCAUCCUUCAUACAAUUUUUAUGCACGUCAAGCAAUUGUUUACCAAUCCCAGGUAUUUGCUAAAAGUGAACUGUUUACCAAUCCCAGCUGCUCUCUGAAGCUGAUCAAAGCAUAAAGGAAAACGAAUUCGAGUUUCAUACUUUCAAGCUUUCAUACAAUCCAUGGCUAAUAAACAAGUGGAUGGUACAAUUAGCUUGGCGGUUUUGGUGGACAAGGAAAAGAAAAAGGUCAUUUUUGCUGAGUCUGAUGGUGAUUUGGUUGAUAUUCUCUUCAGUUUUUUUACAAUUCCUGUGGGAAAAAUUAUCAGGCUUUCCUCAGAUAAGUCAGCAGUGGAGAUAGGUUGCAUGAACAACUUAUACAAAAGUGUUGAGAGUAUUGAUGAUGAGCAUUUCCAUUCUACAGCAUUCAAGAAGAUGUUGCUAAGUCCUCGCAACAAUGCCGAAUCUCAUUGUAGUAAGCUGAAGCUGAAAAUAGAUGAUCAGACUACUAUGUAUUUUGGCUGUUGCAGCAGCCCAACUUAUUGCGGGCUUUUGAGUCAUUACAAAGGUUCUCUCUGUAGAUGUGGAGAACGCAUGGAUUAUCGUCUACAUAUCAGUAACAGUAAGUCGAAAACGCCUUCUUUUAGUGCCAAAGAUGGAAGUGUGUUUGUCAAAGGGAUGAGCAGAUUCAUAAUCACUGAUGAUUUACAAGUGAUGCCCAUGUCCACUGCCGCAAGCUUAUCUUUGCUUUCCAAGGUUGGAAUUACGGAUUCGAGUGGCAUUGAGCAGGACGUUUUCUCUCUAGGAGUUGAUGAGGUUCUGAAUUUGCUUGUGUGCUCAUUACUAUCAAAAACACCACUGACGGAAACUCUUCUGAAUCAUAAACCAGCGACCGAGUUAAAUGCAGGAAAUUUUGAUCAAGGAAAACCUGUUGAAUACCAAAUGGAAGACCAGAAGAAUUUUCUAGAUGGAAAGAUUGCUAUCAAGCUUAUGGUGAGCAAAUCUAAGAAGAAAGUUUGUUAUGCAGAAGCAAAGAAAGACUUUGUUAAUUUGCUCUUUAGUUUCCUAACUAUUCCACUAGGGCAUUUUAUGAAACAAAAAUAUAGCAGUUCUUUGAAUGGAUGCAUAGAUCACUUGUAUAAGAGUGUGCAAGAUCUUGAUGAGCAAUGCUUGAAGUCCAAUCACCACAGGGAAAUGCUAGUCAGUCCCAAGCUUGCCUCUGGUAUUGGUUAUGAGAAUGAUUUAUUGGGAAUUAAGGAAGCCCCACAUCCUCCAUAUUAUUUUGCCCAUAUACGCUGUAAUUCAUAUUUCACUAGUGAUAAACAUCUUAUUCCUUCUGAUAAUAAUACAGUGAUAACCGAACUGAAAGUUGUGGAUCCAAAACCUCAUAACGAAGAUGGUGGUGGAUUUAUAACAGGACAGGCAAUUUUCACAGUGACAGAUGAUCUGAUAAUAAGACCUAUGUCUUCAAUCUUAGACCUCUCCAUUCUCAAUGACUUGAAGAUACCUUUUAAUGACAUUGAGGAGCAAACUGUGCUUGUGGGGAAGGAGGAGGCUUUGAGUCUUUUACAGACUUGUUUUGUGUCGGAAUCUGCUCUAACCAAUACCUUCAUAAGGAAUCCAAAGCAAUGCGCAAAUGAGGAAACCAAGGAUAAUAUGUAUCAGAAGAUAGAAAAGAAUGGGGAUGCAUCACUACAACAAAAACUUCUUUGCGCAAAUGAGGAAACCAAGGAUAAUAUGUAUCAGAAGAUAGAAAAGAAAGAGGAUGCAUCACUACAACAAAAACCACUUUGGGCUACAGAAUUUUUCAUAGCUAAACUUCUGAGUUUCAUUGCAAGACAAUUUUGCUUCAAAUAAAAAUCAUAUUUUAGUUACGAAUUUACCUCAAUUGCUGGCAAAUACCUUUAGUGACGAAAUAAAAAAUUUGUCGCUUUGCCUA